ACCAAAAUGAAUUAAGAUACCAACGUACAGAUGGGUCUUUUAGUGCAUUUGGUAAUUCUGACAGUCAUGGAAAUAUGUGGUUAUCAGCUUAUGUUAUUAAGACUUUUCAAAAAGCAAAGACGCAUAUUUUUAUUGAUGAUAAUGUUAUUAUCAAAUCAGUCAAAUGGAUCAUAUCCCAUCAGUUAUCAGAUGGUUCAUUUCCGGGCUCAAUGUAUACAUACUAUAUGCAGGACAAAACAGCAAAUGAAAUAAGUUUGACUGCAUUUGUGUUAAUUGCUCUACAGGAAAAUUUACAUUUGCAAGGGAUGACACAUUCAAUUACUGAUGCUGUUACGAAGGCUCAACAUUUUCUGGAAACUAAUAUCUAUACAGUUAACGACAUCUACUGCUUAGCCAUUACUAGUUAUGCUUUGGCCAUACGGAACAGUUUAUCUUUUGAUGCAAUCUUUAACAAGCUUGGAACACAUGCUGUUGUAAGAGAUGAUAUGAAAUAUUGGACCUACGCAUCUUUAUCAUCAUCAAACGGGAAUGCAUGGUCAUCAUCUUACAUGCAGUCAACUUCAAUUGAUAUUGAGACAUCAGCGUAUGCUCUUCUUGCAUAUACAGGACGUAAUUUACCUUUAGAUGGGUAUCAUGUUAUGAAAUGGAUAAUAACGCAAAGAAAUUCGAAUGGUGGAUUUGCAUCAUCACAGGAUACAGUAGUUGCAUUAGAGGCCAUUACUGAAUUUGGAUUGUUUGGUUCGCAGCAUAGAGACAUGUUAAUUUCAAUCACAGCUGGAAAAUUUUCCAAACAAUUUACGGUUGAUUCUGCAAAUGCUCUCGUUUUGCAGACUAUUGAGUUACCAAAGCCAUAUCCACAAAAUGUACUGAUUGAGGCCACGGGAGAGGGAACUGCUCUUGCAGAGGUUUCUGUUCAUUACAACAUUGAACAAAGUCAUGGUACCCAGGCGUUUCACGUGUCUGUAAACAUUGAUCAGGAAACAUUUGUCGUGUUAGAGACAAAUACGUGUGUUAAAUGGCUAAGGCGAGGGAAAAGUGGAAUGGCUAUUUUAGAAAUUGGAAUUCCGACUGGGUUUCAAGCAAACCCUGAUGAAAUUACUCACAUUCCAACCCUUAAGAAGAUUGAGGUGGAAAAUAGGAAACUUAUACUAUAUUUUGAUGAGAUAUCAGGUUAUCCAGUCUGCAUCAAAAUGAAAGCCGUUCGUACAGGAUUGGUAGCAAAAACGAAACCAUCUGUGGUUAAAGUUUACGACUACUAUAAACCUGAGCUUCAGUUUACUACGUUUUAUCAAUCUGGUAUUCUCCAGAAGUCUAGCAUUUGUGACAUUUGUAAACCGUGUUCACAGUGUAGACAAUGAUUUACUAUUGACGAAGAUGGCCUCUAACACAACUAUGCUGCUUGAUCAAUUGAUUACAAAUGGAGACAAGUUUAAACAUACAUGACAUAUAUAGUGUUAAAUAAAGAAAAUUAAAUGUUAAA